AUGAAGAAGCCUCUUUUGGGGGAAGGAAACGUCGGAGGGACAGGUGAGAAUGUGGAACUCGUCACUGUACCUGCACUCGGAGCCGAAUGGUCAAAGAACGAACUCUACUCGCAAACUCGGAGGGCGAAACAAGAGGCUCGAAGGGAGAAACGAGGCAAAAUGUGGAGGGAAUGGAAUCGGGAUCAACGGGGCUGUUGCGGUGUCGGAUGGAUGACCAAGAGGAUGUUGGUCGUCGUCACAUUUGCCUUCCUCGCUGCACUCGGCGUAACAUUGUACUUUGUCAUCCCGAGAGCUCCCAACUUUAGCUUCCCGUCCGAUACCGUCUUCCUGGCCGACGAAUCGACCGUCGGAUUUUCGAGGACUCCGGCUAAUUUCUCGUUUACUGGUGAUAUCCGUAUGAUUGCCGACGCUUCCACUUCGUGGUUACCCGUACAUUUCAACCACCUCGAAAUCACCGUGCUCGACAUGAAUACCAACAAGAAGAUCGGCACGGGGGAUUGGAAGGACAAAACGAUCGGACGCAAAGGUCUACACUACUUGAGUUUACCGGUCGAUUUCAGUUACUCGGCUGUCAACGCGACCGACUCGACCUGGUCUGGCAUGUACAAUGCUUGUGGACAUCGGUGGACAGGUACAGAAAGGCCCGAUCUCUCCUUCCGCGUGACGCUGAAGAUGAAUAUCCGGGGACUUGUUGGAAAGCCAACGGUCUCGCGGCUGGCGACUGAUCUGGAAUGUCCUUUCGAGCUGCCUUCGAACAGCGUCUGA